CCCUGGCAAAUGCGUGUGUGGUCCUAUCUGAAAUUAUUAGCGUCUGUAGUCAUUGGCGCCUGCAGGUGGCUACUCAGUGUUGGGGUCGUUACUCAAAAAAGGAAAAGAGCAGAGGACCAAGACAGCUCCCCUGGGCUACUGUACACUGAAAGGGCAUGUCCUCUGAAAUGGAGUAAACCUUCUGUGGCCUCCUGCGGAUUAAAUCCUGUGGAUUACAUUUUUUUCACUCUAAAGGCUACUCUUAUUUCGUUGGAACUGGAUAUAAAGAUGCGCAUCUCUCCAUUAUUGCUCCUCCUAGCCUGUGCGCGAGUAAACGGCUAUAGUUCAGGUCUAGUGACGGAGAGCUGCGAUGACAUGACGCCACGACACCAAGACUCAAGCCCAUCGUCAAGUCCGCCACCAUUCACCAUCACAAUCGAUCGAUAUGAUUACAGCGAAGGAGAUGAAAUCACAGUGUCUCUCAGGGCAUACUCAACACCAUUCCAGGGUUUCCUGUUACAAGCAAGAGAAGUUGGAGGAAGCAGUCCUGUUGGGGCUUUCUCUUUGUUCGGAGCUGAAAAUAGACUCCUGGAUUGUGGUGGAUUGUCUAACUCAUCUGUUUCUCACUCAUCUGGUGACAACAAAAACUCAGUUCAGAGCAAAUGGAAGACUCCUCAGUCGGGACAGCUCAAAGACAUAGAGUUCAGUGUCACAUUUGUGCAAAAUUUCCGUGACUAUUGGGUUGGGAUCAAAAGUCCAGUGGUUGUCUACAACAGCAGCAGGUCUCCAGUGGGAAGCACAACUCGGCCCACACCAGCAUUAAGUCUGUUCUCAAAUGUACCCAUCUCCAGUGUUGACUGUGGAGAAAGUAAGGUCUGCUUUAGCAAACCCAAUGACUGUGACCCUGCCAGUAGCGCUGACUGUUACUUCAUGUCUGCCAUGACAUCACCUGCUGAUUCAUCAGUGAAGUUUGAGAUAUACGGUAGAUCAACAGGGUACAUCUCUUUUGGAUUCUCUGAUGAUCAGCUUAUGGGAAAUGAUGACAUUUACAUAUGCGGAAUGGAUAGCAACAGUACUAUUCAAGUACAGCAUGCCUAUUCUACAGGAAGAAGGGCUCCACAAAUCCUGCCACUGGGAAAUGUUUCUGACAUUAAAACAUCAUUUGUGGAUGGAGUUAUCAGCUGUAGCUUUGUAUCCAAGAAUGUCAUCAGUACCCAAAGGAGUGCAGUUGGAUCCAUCUACUACAUUUUGUUUGCCUAUGGCGGUACAAAUAAUGGUGCACUUCAGUAUCAUGGAACGUCUAGAUUUGCCAGCGAUCAAAAAAUUAACAUCACCAGACCUCAAGUCGUCACCGCACAGAAACCUCAAAUUAUGAAAGCACACGGUGCUUUGAUGUUGAUCGCUUGGAUGACAACGGGAAGCCUUGGCAUGCUUAUAGCACGUUAUCUGAAGGCUGUCACCAAGGGAAGAGGGUGCCUGGGUAAAGACCUGUGGUUUCUGGCUCAUGUAUCUCUGAUGGGGCUCUCUGUGGCUGCCACCAUCAUUGCGUUCAUUUUGGCUUUCUCUUACUUCAAAGGCUGGAGGGGGGGGGCACACCCAGUACUUGGCGUUUUGGUUAUGAUCUUGGCCUUUAUUCAACCUUUUGCAGCUCUUUUUCGUUGUGGCCCACAACACCAAUGGAGAUUUGUUUUCAACUGGUUCCACGUUUUGAAUGCUGUAGCAAUCAAAGGCCUGGCAGUGGCAGCCAUAUUUACGGGCUUGCAAAUAAUGGAGAGCUCCCAGGACAGGUGGAUGCAAAAGGUGAUGGCAGGGUUUGUGGGCUGGGAGGCACUGCUGUUUGCCUUGCAAGAUCUACACAUGAGGUGGAAACGAAAAGAUGAAGAUGGAGAUGUCUCAGGAUUUGUACACAUCGAGGUGAUUCUCCUGUUAGUGUUUUUCCUGGGAAAUCUGACUUUUCUUGUAGCCCUGCUGGUUGGUAUUGGAAUGGCGUAGGCCUAGGCAUGACCAAAGCAGCAGAGAAGACCACACACAGAAGUUUAGCCUAGGCUACCAACUUGUCAGUUUAUUAAAUAUCACGUAGGCUACAUCAUCCUGCCAAAUUUAAUUUCAAAUAGAUGAUUUAUAAACUCUGUUAUUGUUGGUGUUGUGCCAUAAUGUCUGGGUAUUUGUCAUUGUGAUCAUUAACAUUGUCAAUAAAUCUAUCUAGGCCUAGGCCUAAAUAAACA